CGGAUGUUGCCCGUUAACCUCAGACAGGAAUAUAGGCAAGAAAAUGUUCUUUCCACCCUGACGGUCAGGACUCCAGGUCCACCUCGGACGACUCACGGCGGAAUCUGGAAGCGAAGAUGCGGGCGGUCGGGGCCGUGGGAGUCGGUGUACUGUGGGCGCUGCUGGCCGCUGCGGUGCCCGGCGGCGUGUCGGAGCUGACGUCCCUGGUGCAGGAGCAAGAGCAGUUCAAGCCCGAGUCUACUCUGCUUAAACCGAAGGUUAUGAUCGCCAUUGUGGCUCGCAACGCAGCGCACAGCCUGCCACAUUACCUGGGCUGCAUCGAGAGGCUGGAGUACCCGAAGGAGCGCAUAGCUAUCUGGGCAGCAACAGACCAUAAUGUGGACAACACCACUGCCAUGUUGAGAGAAUGGCUGAAGAGAGCCCAAGGUGUCUACCACUACGUGGAGUGGAGACCCAUGGAGGAGCCGAGGUCCUACACAGAUGAGUGGGGUCCGAAGCACUGGCCUCCGUCAAGGUUCAACCAUGUGAUGAAGCUGAGGCAGGCGGCACUGAAGGCUGCCAGGGAACGAUGGGCUGACUACAUACUGUUUGUAGACAGUGACAACCUGUUGACCAACCCCCGUGUGCUGAACCUGCUGAUGGCUGAAAACUUGACAGUGGCUGCUCCCAUGUUAGAGUCUCGCUCUCUUUACUCCAAUUUCUGGUGUGGCAUCACCCCACAGGGUUACUACAAGCGAACCCCAGACUACCAGCCGAUCAGGGAGUGGAAGCGGCUUGGCUGUUUCGCUGCUCCCAUGGUGCACAGCACCUUCUUAUUAGACCUGCGUCGUGAAUCCAGCAGGGACCUGGCCUUCUACCCUCCUCACCCUGACUACAGCUGGGCAUUUGACGACAUCAUGGUGUUUGCUUUCUCGGCACGUCAAGCAGGGGUGCAGAUGUAUGUGUGUAACAGAGAACACUACGGUCUCCUUCCCGUCCCUCUCAAAGCACAGCAGAGUGUGGAAGAUGAAAGCGAGAGUUUCAUACACACCAUCACAGAGGCUUUGAUUGACCACGACAUUGAGCCCUCUGAGCACCUGUACUCUCCGCCAUCACCGCAGGACACCAUGGGCUUUGAUAAAAUUUUCCUGAUCAACCUGAAGCGUCGGCUGGACAGAAGAACCAGGAUGUUGAAAACAAUGUCUUCACUGGGUCUACAUGCCACGCUGACAGACGCAGUGGACGGCAAGGCUCUCAAUUCGUCCCAGCUGCAGGCGCUGGGAAUAGAGAUGAUGCCGGGCUACAAGGACCCUUACUCUGGUCGAGUCCUGACCAGAGGGGAGAUCGGUUGCUUCCUCAGCCAUCACUCCAUAUGGACACAGGUGGUGGAGCAAGGCCUCCAGAAGGUUUUGGUUUUAGAGGAUGACGUAAGGUUUGAGCCCAGGUUUAAACGGCGAAUCCAGGCCAUAAUGGAUGACACCGAGAAAACCCAGCUGGACUGGGACCUCAUCUACGUGGGGCGUAAGCGUAUGCAGGUGCAGCAGCCAGAGCAGUCUGUGGACGGUGUGAACAACCUGGUCAAGGCCGACUACUCCUACUGGACGCUCGGCUAUGCGCUGUCCCAGCAAGGGGCCAGGAAGUUACUGGCUGCCGACCCCUUCAAAAGGAUGCUGCCCGUCGACGAGUAUCUGCCCAUUAUGUUCAACAAACACCCAAACACGGAGUUCAUGUCUCACUUUGAGCUGCGGGACCUGAAGGCCUUCUCCGUGGAGCCGCUGCUCAUCUAUCCCACCCACUACACCGGAGAGCCGGGCUACAUCAGCGACACGGAGACCUCCACCAUCUGGGACGACGAGGCCGUGGCCACAGACUGGGACCGGCAGCACGCCCGCAAGACGGCCCAACAGGACAGCAUCCGCCCCGUGGCACAGAACAGCGUCACUGGAGACUCGCCGCCUCCUGCAGCUCGAGCCUCGCGGGACGAACUCUGAUACAGAGACCUGAGACUCUGAGAGAAAGACUUGUGUUUAUUAUGCCAUGUACACACAGUGAAUGUCAUGUGUACACACACUUGAAAAGACACUUGAACUACAAGCUGACAUACCGUACACACACACACACACACACACACACACACACACACACACACACUGGUGUGAAAGCAGAGUUAGGAUGUCAGUCUACUCUGCUGCCUGAUGAAGAGGGACACUAAAGGAGAGGAAGAAGAGGAGAAUCUGGGACGAGGGCUAGCACGCCUUUGACAAAAGCUUUAUUUAUUCCCCAUGUGCCUCCUCUGGGCAUGUGGAGACAGUUAUGGCCCGAGAAAACUUAAGCAACACAUGGAAGACAGCUAACAUCAGUUGCAGGACGUGAAAAAAAAAAUAUUCACACAAAUCAAUUUUUAAUGUUGUUUAAGAAGAUUGUUAUUUAAAAAGAACAGAUGUGAUUUUUUAAAUGGGCAGCCAAAGAAUAAAGGAAUCUUAAAGUUGUCUGAAAACAGCUCCAAAGUGUGCACGUGAAACUGAAUGCUUACAGAACUGAACAUGUGUGGGAGGAGGGAGGCUGACAUACUGUACCCAAGAGUGUCACUGCCUCUGAUGAUGUCACACACACACACACACACAGAGAGAGAGAGAGAGUACAGCCCUUCUUCGCCAAGCAGCAGGGCAGUAAUGGAUGUUAUUAGGCUCAGUGUUUCUGUCAUUACAGAUAUCUCACUUGCACAGCGGGCUGGUCCGGCUGCUAGUUAGCAUUUCAGACCUCAGUCAUACAUUACACAUUGCCUGCAGGAUGUAUAAUAGUAUAAAUGCAGACCCCUGCUUUGAAUAUAUUUUGGAUAAACUGGAUUAUUCAUGUCCUGAACACAGGCUGUUCUUCGUUCAGUUGUCGG